CAGUAAGCGUGCACUACCGUAUAAUUGAGAAAGGAAGUUAUUGACUUAGAAAGGAACUCUCAGCGGACAACUAACUUCAUUAAUUGUUCUGAACUUGGUCAGAGCUGUACCGGAUUUUAAUAAUUCAUUGUCACAAUUGGAGAUAUUUUACCAACAAGAUGCCGAGGUCUUUUCUCGUCAAAAAGAACGCAAAGCAAGCCGCUUCGGGGCUGAAGAAGUUGCAACAUGGCAUUGCUACCACAGCAUACGACGCAGGUAUCAUGCUAGUGGCAAGCUACCCCGAAAUGGCGGUAGCAGCCCCCGUCAACAUUCCGCAUCCAGUUAUCCACAAACCCGAGCCUCUCCAGGCCAUUCCCAACCCAUCGGCCUACUGGCGACACCAUCCGAAUGUGAUCUACAGCGCCGCAACGUCACCGUUCGAAGCCGACACCUUCCCGCACAUCCACAAGGGGUACAGCCCUCCUCCACCGUUCUCCCAACCUCUCCACGCCCACCUCCCACAACCGUCGCUGCAUCAUCUCCUCACCCCGACGCCGAUUAUUGACGACGAGAACCGCAUGAUCACGUCGCUGUCUCCGAACCAACACCCUCACCACCACCACCACCAUCACCACCCUCAUCCUCACCACCGCCAGCAGCAUCUUCAGGCGUCGACGCCCGCGGCGGCUACGCCUACCGCUACCGCAGCGGCGAAACCCGAGAAGGAGAUCAAAAAGCGACGCAGCAACAAAAACGGCGAAGACAGCACGAAGUACCACUGCCCCGACUGCGGGAAGGAGUACUCGACGUUCGGCGGGUUGAGCAAGCACAGGCAGCUGCACUGCGACGCGCAGAACAAGAAAACCUUCAACUGCAAAUACUGCGACAAGGAAUACAUGUCCCUUGGAGCCCUCAAAAUGCACAUCAGGACACAUACCCUGCCUUGCAAGUGCAAGUUCUGCGGGAAGGCUUUCUCCCGACCGUGGUUGCUUCAGGGCCACAUUCGCACUCAUACCGGCGAGAAGCCCUUCUCUUGCCCGCACUGCCAAAGAGCGUUCGCCGACCGUUCCAACCUCCGCGCACAUCUCCAAACCCACUCUGAAGUCAAGAAGUACAGCUGCAAGUCCUGCGGGAAGACAUUCUCCAGGAUGUCACUCCUCAACAAGCACGAGGAGUCCGGGUGCAUCUCUUCAAGUAGUGACUGAAGCAUCCUCUAAAUCAUAGAACCUAAGAUCCCGUCAUCGGACGGUUGGUGACCAAAAACAAGAAACCGUCGCUGUACAGUUGUAUUUAACCCAGAUAAUUUAUUGCAAAAAGAAUUGUUCUAUUAUCUUGCCAGAGUUGGAAGAGAAAUGGCUGAAAAGUGACUGAGCAGCACUGAAUUAACAGUACCAAAAAUGCAGCAAGUAGAAUAACUUUAAUUCUAGAGACAAUCUAGCUAGAAACAGGUUAUCUUAGAAUGAACUUCCUCGUCUAAGCAAAUCUUCGUAACGUUCAGGAACUUCAGGAAACCUCAUGCAGAUUUUAUUUUAUAUGUCUUGAGAAGGAAGAGACAACGAAUUCUCCAUUUUUAAACGAAAUGUGUUCCAUAACUUGCCAUUUAACAACUAUGUCUACAACUCGUAAUGCCAUAACAAUCUCCGGGCCAAACUGCUGGUUUACAUAAUCACAUUUAAUCCCCUAUUUUACAUAGUUCUGCCAUUUCAGAUUUGACUACGAGGUUGGGGAGGGGGGGGGGGUGUGGGAUUUACCCUUUACAAUGAAUAUCGUAUAUUGCCCCCGGCUGCCCCUCCUUCAAGGUUCGAGGUUUAACUAGAUAAAAAGGAGGGGCGUGGUCCAUUGCAAUCAUUCAAAGUAGGGGGCGCUAUACCAAAAACAUAACCAAAGUUACCUGGAAAAAAGGGGGGGGUGAAUGGCUUAAUAUGUAGGAAUUUGGAGUAGGAAGGUGCUGAUUGCAUGGUAUUGUGUUGAACGGGUAGCUUUGUGUACAAAUGUUUCUUAUUUUGCUGAAAGCUUCGGUUAUGGAAUAUUUGAAUGUCAUUAAUAUAUUGACAUGUCUUAAGUUGUUUUGUUAACAUGCCAAUACUGUAUGCCCU